UCUUUGAAACAUUUCUCUCUCUAUAUAAAUAUACGUAUAUACAAUUCUUUCUAUAUCUCUGAGCUAUGGCAGCCACUGCACAGGUUUUAACUUCAAUCACAAAAAGGCUAGAAGGAAAAGUUGCCCUUAUAACAGGAGAAGCCAGUGGAAUUGGAGAAUGCACUGCAAAACUCUUCUCUCAGAAUGGAGCCAAAGUUGUCAUUGCUGAUGUCCAAGAUGAACUAGGUCUCUCAGUUGUCGAAGCCAUUGGCCCUAUCAAUUCCACCUACGUCCACUACGAUGUUACUAAUGAAGAUGAUGUCAAAAAUGCCGUGGACAAAACAAUUUCAAUCUAGGGAAAACCGGACAUUAUUUUCAUCAAUGCAGGAAUUGUAGCUUAAACAACAUUAAGAUGUCAUUCUUGAGCAAUUUUCAAAAAUUUAAAGCCACUUUCAAAAAAUACUCAUUGCUCACCUAAAUUUGAAUAAAGAACUACUCAUUGCUAACUAAACUUUGUAACAAGUAAUACAGAAAUGAUAUGGAUGAUUGAUGGAUAA